ACUUUAUUUUCACAUUUAUUUCUAAUAAUUUUAUUAGCUCUUCUCUCUCUCUCUCUUAUUUUCUUACAACAUUGCCCCACUUUCUUUCCAGUUGUUUCCAUUUUCCUCAGCUCACUCUUUUUCUCCAUCGUUGUCUCUUCUCUUCAACUCUGGGUCUCGUUUGUUUCCCCAGAAAAUUCUGAGAUGGCUUGGCUUCUUAUUCUUGUUCUUGUUUUCGCCGUUUCUCAAGCAACAGCUGAUGAAGAACCAUAUAUUGGAGUGAAUAUAGGGACAGAUCUAUCAAUCAUGCCCCACCCAACUCAAGUGGUUGCUCUUCUUAAAGCUCAGCAAAUCCGACACAUUAGACUGUACGAUGCAGACCGAGGUAUGCUAGUUGCUCUUGCAAAUUCUGGCAUUCGAGUUAUGGUUUCCAUCCCCAAUGAGCAACUUCUCGGCAUUGGCCAAUCGAAUUCCACUGCAGCUAAUUGGGUCUCUCGGAACAUCGUUGCACAUUAUCCAGCAACCAACAUCACGGCAAUUUGUGUUGGUUCCGAGGUUUUGACUACUCUUCCUAAUGCAGCACGGAUACUUGUCAAUGCCAUGAAGUUCAUUCACUCGGCCCUUGUGGCAUCGAAUUUAGACAACCAAAUCAAAGUUUCAUCACCUCUUGCUUCGUCCAUAAUCCUUGAUUCUUUCCCACCUUCCCAAGCCUUCUUCAAUCGCUCGUGGAAUCCGGUUUUGGUCCCUAUGCUUAAUUUCUUGCAGUCGACAGGGUCGUAUCUCAUGCUUAACAUAUACCCUUACUAUGACUAUAUGCAAUCAAAUGGUGUGAUUCCACUAGACUAUGCACUUUUCAAGCCUCUCUCUCCGACUAAGGAAGCUGUGGACGCUAACACACUUGUCCACUACUCCAAUGUCUUCGAUGCAAUGGUUGAUGCUACAUAUUUUGCCAUGGCUUUUCUGAAUUUCACUAACAUUCCUGUUAUAGUGACUGAAACUGGCUGGCCAUCAAAAGGUGAUUCCAACGAACCAGAUGCAACAAUGGAGAACGCCAACACUUAUAACAGCAACUUGAUCCGCCAUGUGAUGAACAAAACAGGAACUCCUAAGCGCCCAGGAAUUGCUGUCAGUACUUACAUCUAUGAGCUCUAUAAUGAGGACUUGAAACCAGGGCCAAGCUCUGAGAAGAAUUGGGGAUUGUUCGAUGCAAAUGGUGACCCUAUUUAUAUACUACGUUUGACUGAUUCUGGGUCAUUGCUAGCAAACGAUACCACAAACCAAACUUAUUGCACUGCAAAGGAAGGGGCUGAUCCGAAGAUGUUGCAAGCUGCUUUAGAUUGGGCGUGUGGACCUGGAAAAGUUGAUUGUUCACCAUUGUUGCAAGGAAAACCUUGUUAUGAGCCAGAUAAUGUGAUUGCACACGCAACUUACGCAUUCGACACUUACUAUCACAGGAUGGGGAAGACUUCGGACGCAUGUGACUUCAAUGGGGUUGCAGAUAUUACGACAACAGAUCCCAGUCAUGGAUCUUGUAUUUUUCCAGGAAGCCUCGGCAGGAAUGGGACCAUGGUAAAUAUAACAGCACCAUCGAUGAAUUCAACGACUUCGGAUUCACCGGGUUGGAGCAUUUAUGGCAGAGGAGGGUUUGGUAGCAUGUUAUUGGUAAUCAAAGUUAUGGUGUGGAGCUUAAUAUUGUUGUAGGGUGGUGGGAUGUGUCAGCAAUUUGAAUUGAGAAAAUUUUGAGAGUAGAGAAGGUGGUGGGGGGUGAAUGGAUUUUGGAAAUGGGUGAAAGUGGUCAAUUCGAUUUUGUACAAAAAGUAAGAUGGAGUCGAAGUCUUUGCUAAGAACUUCAUUUAAAAUCCUUAUUCUUUUAAGAUUGAAUUUGCCAUUUGCUGCCAAGCUCUUUUGCAUGUUUAUGAAAUGUUAUUUGUUGCAA